AUGUCGCAGUUUGCGCCCAAGCCGAACAAACCCCAACCGCCGACGUCGAGUCGCUCCGCUGCUCUGUCCGUCUCGCACGGCAUCUGCCGCUCGCUCCGCCGACAAGGAGGCGCGUCACGUCGGGACAAGCGAAACGGUGGCCGCCGCAGCCUCUGCAGCUCAGAAGGAGUGACGCAGGACGUGACCUGCACAUCGGCCGGCGCUGCUCAAGCGAAGAAGUGGCAUUUAGCAACGCGGAGUCAUACUGGAGAGUUGGCGGUGACUGCCUCGAACGAGAGCCGCAAUCCGUUGCUGGGUCGUGAUGGCGAAGUCGCGUAUGCUGCUGGCUCUGUUCACGCCCACGCGCACGAGACCGUGCACGCGAGCGGCUUUUGGCGCUCUUCGUCAGCGCGCGAUCGCGAGAUGAUGCAGUGGUCAAGCAAAGCAGCUGUUGAGAUGUUAUUGUCGGCUUUGGCCGAAAUUGCAGAAGAAGACGGCAUGCCGCCAGGUGCGAUCGAUGUAGCGCCAGCUUCACAUGACAAGUCAGCUGAGAUAGGUCAAGCGUUGACUAGCAGCCAGGCUGUCCAGAUGAUUUCGUUCCAGGAUCGACGCGCGUCGAAGAGGCUGGUGAUGGAGCAGUCGGCAAAGACUGUGAAGUGCGUAUCACUGGAACUGGGAGGCAGCGCUGCAUUCGCUACCAAAUGUGUGUGUGGUAGUCGCGUCUUUGUCCACGAGAGCAUGAACGAAGAAGGCAGUCAAGCUGAGUUGGCCGUCAAGUUGGUGAAGCGUGUAAAUCAGCUAAAGAUGGGUUUUGUCUCAUGA